AUGCAGGAUGGCGGAGAUGACAAGAAGAACGCGCAAAAGAAGAAAGUCAAGGAGUUAAAAGUCUUGGAUGGGAAGGCUGCUCAGAAUCUUUCCAUCUUCCUGGGAUCGUUUCGUCUUCCGUAUGAAGAGAUCAAGAAUGCAGUCCUGGAAGUGAAUGAAAAGGUUCUCACCGAGUCCUUGGUUCAGAACCUGAUCAAGCAGCUUCCAAGCCCAGAGCAGCUGAGCGUCCUGGGUGAGAUGAAAGACGAAUACGAUGAUUUGGCAGAGUCUGAGCAGUUCGGAGUUGUGAUGUCCAGUGUAAAAAAGCUCACGACUCGACUCCAGGCCAUUCAAUUCAGGAUACAGUUCGAAGAGCAGCUCAACAACAUCAAGCCUGACGUGGUGUCUGUGACAGCGGCCUGCGAGGAACUGACCAAAAGCCAGUCUUUCUCCACCCUCCUCCAGAUCAUUCUCCUCGUGGGCAACUACAUGAACUCCGGCUCCCGCAACGGCAAAGCAUUCGGUUUCUCCAUCUCCUAUCUCUGCAAGUUACGGGAUACUAAAUCUGCAGACCUUAAGCUGACGCUGCUGCAUUUCUUGGCCGAAGUGUGUCAUGAGCAGUAUCCGGAGGUGAUGGGUUUUCCAGAGGAGCUCAUCCACGUAGAGAAGGCGAGCCGAGUAUCUGCGGAGACCCUUCAGAAGAACCUGGAACUAAUGGGUCGCCAGAUCAAAAACCUCCAGAAAGACCUCGAGACGUUCCCUCCGCCUCAAAGUGAAAAGGACUUGUUUGUUGAGAAGUUGUCCAGUUUUGUCGUCACUGCUCAGGAGCAAUAUGAGAAACUGGACCUGAUGCACAAGAACAUGGAGAUACAGUACACAAACCUGGGCAAUUAUUUUGUGUUCAACCCCAGUAAAGUAUCUGUGGAGGAUUUCUUUGGAGACCUCAAAACAUUUAUCCACAUGUUCCAGCAAGCAGUAAAGGAGAACCAGAAGAGAAAGGAGGCUGAAGAGAAGAUAAAAAGAGCCAAGUUGGCGAGAGAAAAGGCAGAGAAGGAGAAGGAGGAGAAGCUGAAGAGGAGCCAGCUCCUGGACAUUAACGCUGAGGGAGACGAGACCGGCAUCAUGGACGGCCUGUUGGAGGCGCUACAGUCCGGAGCUGCUUUCAGGAGGAAGAGGGGGCCCAGACAAGCAGCCAACCACAGACGAGCCGGCCACGCGGUGACUAACAUCCUGGCCAAAGAGCUGACUCAGGAAGACGCGCCUCCGCCGAGCAAGUUCACCGCCAAAAAGAAGCGCCUGGACGACACGGAGGAGGCGAACGCAGAGUCGUCGGAGUCUUUAGAGGACCUGCUUGAGGCUGCUGCUUCUCGCUCCCAUUGA